CGGAGCGAUGAUGGCCACGCGUGGAGCAGGCGCCGCCCGGGCGCGGGACUGAGGCGCCCCUGCCCCGGGCGCGGGUCCGAGCGGGAGAAGAGAAGAGAAGAGAAGAGAAGAGAAGAGAAGAGAAGAGAAGAGAAGAGAAGAGGAGGGAGGGACCGGACGGCUUCUUCGUGCGCCUCCCGGCGCGGCUCGGAGCGCGCAGCCGCCCGGCGCGUCCCCCUUCGUGUGGCCGGAUGCUGUGCUGUUUCUGUAUCUUCAAGACGAUUCCUUCUGUAGGAUGAGCAAAGAUGGCCGCCUCUGCAGAUUUGCACCCUGGUAACCGGCACGCCUCCGCUGCCUCUCCGAGCCGUUUCUCCGCCGGGAACAUGUGCCGCGAUGCGCUGAUCGUGGGCCUCCUGCUGUCCGCUCUGGCCGGUGCGCUGGAGCUGACGGUCCCCGAGGACCCCGUGGUCGCACUCUUUGGCCACGACGCCACCUUGCCCUGCUCCUUCUCCCCGGACGCCAACGUCAGCCUGGACGACCUCAGCCUCAUCUGGCAGCUGACGGACACCAAGCGGCUGGUGCACAGCUUCGCGGGGGGCCGGGACCAGCUGGCCAACCAGCGGAGCGACUACGCCAACCGCACGGCCCUCUUCCACGACCAGCUGCUCCGGGGCAACGUCUCCCUGCUGCUGCGGCGCGUGCAGAUAGCCGACGAGGGGAGCUUCACCUGCUUCGUCCGGGUCCGGGAGUACAGCAGCGCCGCUGUCGUGCUGCUCGUGGCAGCUUUCUACUCCAAGCCCAACUUGAACCUGGAACCCAACAAGAAUCUGAAGCCAGGGGACCUGGUAACGGUGACGUGCCACACCUUUUCGGGCUACCCCGAGGCAACGGUGGUCUGGCGAGAUGGCCAUGGCAACAACAUCACAGAGAAUAUCACCACCUCCCAGGUGGCCAACGAAGAAGGCCUCUUUGACGUGCGGAGUGUCCUGCGGGUGGUGCUGGAACGCAACAGCACCUACAGCUGCUUGGUGAGGAACCCGCUGCUCCAGCAGGAGACGCACGCUUCGGUCACCAUCACAGGUCAGCUCCUCCUCUUUCCGGCUGUGGCUCUCUGGGUGACCGUGGGAUUGGCCAUCUGCCUUGUUAUUCUCCUGAUUGCCUUGGCAUACGUGUGCCAAAAGAAAAUCCGGCAGAGCUGCGAAGAAGAGAAGGCGAAAGCCGGCAUCGAGGAAAAGGAUGAAGGAGAAGGAUCCAAGACAGCGCUGCAGCCCCUGAAAAGCAAGGAUGUCAGAGAAGACAUUGGAGAAGAAAUCGACUGACGGGAAUGGCCAGAAAUGCAGCGACCACACCCUGGGAAGCCGGUCGGCAGGCUGUGGCCUCUCCAGUCCUGGGGACGCUCCUUCUGGCAGGGACGGUAGAACGUGUGGGCGAGCCGCCAGCUCCCACCUCUCCCCUGGAGCCUGCAACCUGCCGCCGCUGGCCCUGCUGCAAUCCCUUUCUUCCUCCCCGUACACAGAUAUCGACCCAGGAUCGGCUUGCCUGCAUCCGCACAUGCAGGACUCCCGUGGUGCAUUCAGAAGCCAAGUGCACCGCGGUUUUCUCCUGACUCAAACUGUCCCCACCCCUGAGACGUGGAUCCCCGAAGUGGCUCUUCACAGGCGUGUGUGGCGGUUCACCAUUGGUAGUUGUAUCGGCACAGUGAACUCUGCUCUCCUUAAACGAUACGAAAGAAAGAAAGAAAGAAAGAAAGAAAGAAAGAAAGAAAGAAAGAAGCAAGCAAGCAAGCAAGAGCCACACCGUGUGCUGUAAGGGGGGGUGGGGAGCCCGCCCCCCCCGCUCUUCCUGCUGUGAUGGUCACGGGGCGCCCGGGGCUGUGCCAGGCACUUUCUGCCGCCGGCUGUCCUCGUGAGUAGGUGCCCCCUCUGUGUGGUUUGGAGCUGAGAAGGCCGGGCUUGUGUAUCCCCACCGCCCCCCUCCCUUCGGCGGGGGGCGCAGGGCUUCGUGCCGGCGUGGGGCUGCGUUCCGGAGUGCGGGCGCUCGGCCGGCGGCCGCUGUGAUCCCACCCCGGAGCUGGUCCACGGGAGCCAGCCCGUUCUGGCAGGGUGCCUCUCCGCCAAGCGCGGCCCCUGGGCCUGCUCCCGGGCCUUGGGUGCCCUGCCAAGCGCAGCCCCUCCUAGAACGCCUCGUGUUGCCGCGAGGAGCGAGGUGCCGCGGCUGCGGACGUUGCAGCUGGGCCGGGCAAGGCCACGGGCAAGGCCACGGAGGCCUGCUCAGGGUGGCCGAGGGCGCGCUGGCCGCCACUCCUCGAGGGGCCCCACGGCUGUGUCCGGGGAGCCACCCUUGCCGGCUGUGCCCUCUGUGUGUGGUCAGAGGCCUCCUCCUCCACCACUGAGCCCUGGCACAGACUGGACCCCUUGGGCCACCGGCUGUUGCACUGCAGUGCCCCGUCGCCCGAGGCCCCGCUCCGUGCGGCUGGGCGUUGCAGUGCCCCACAUCUGGGGAUCCAGGAUCUCAGCGGGCUGCUCUGGGGGCCUCGCUUUCAGCGCCUCCAUCGCAACACAACAGGGCUAUGCUACUCAAUACAACAGAGUUGCCGUCUUGCUUUGCCUCCGGCAUCCCCCUCUUUCACCCGUUCCCGCCACAGAACUACCGGCAGAGUUCAGUCUGGCUGGGAUUGGCUGCUGGAUUUUAGGAGGAAAGCUUGAAGGCACCCUGAUGUUGUCUCCCUGCUUUAAAGCCAGUCCAGCCACACCCUGAGGACUCGCCUCUGGCCGUGGUGCUCGCCGGGGGAUGUCUGCGGGUCGGAUCGUUCCCCCGUUCCUGAUAUUCUAAGGGGCGCCCCAGUAGAUGGAAGCAAAGGGUAGUUGUAGUUUAUUGCAGUUCUGUGUACCGCCUAAAUGAUAGUCCACAUAUUUAGAAUUCAGCACUAAAGUACUCUCUGUUUACCAUAGACAGUGCCGGGGUGGGGGGGGGGGUACCCUACAGAUGUUCUAGGCUGCAGUGCUCCUAACCCCCGACCACUGGUCAUGAUGGCUGGGUCUUUGGGGGCUUGUGGUCGAAAACAUCUGCUGGAGGCUGAGAGCUAUGCCGAUGGGAAGGAGCUCAUGGCUCUCUUCCACCCCUAAGGAAUGGGGCAGGUCAGCUGGACAUCAGGCAGUACUUCAAGGGGGAGCAGAGGGCUGGGAAGGAAGGGGCACGGGGUGUGGGCCACCCGCAAGCUCUGCAGCUCUCCAGCCAGGGGCUGCCUGCCGUCUCUCCUGAUCUCUGCUUUCUAAGUCCGAAAACUCAUAUCCUGACAGAUUUUUCAAAAGGGCUAGAAACUCGUGCUGUUGGGAUUUUUUUAAAAAAUGCAACUUUAAGGUGAAUUAGUACUUGGUGCCUUUUGGAGGUCUAAUAAAUGGUUGGCUUUUUUGGAGAA